CACUCUCCGUCUACGUCUGCAUCUCCUGCUGCGCUGUGAGAUCGGCGCACCAUCGGCAACGGAUAAAUCCCAUAUUCGACCACGACGAGUUCGCCACGCCACGCCACAUACCGACGAGUGUUCGGGCGUCCAUGCCAUCUCAAUGGACUUCAACAUAACUUGAGUCACCCAAAUUUACCACAGAUGGCUUCCAGACUUCCGCCGCCGACAAUAGUCAUGACUCCGCCCGCACAACCCAACAUGGCAUCAUCUUCGGGACAUCCCCGCCGACCGCCAGCGCAUCGAUCGGUGUCCCUGAAACAGUCGUCGCACAGUCGAAAGAGUCCCAAAGAGAGCGACACCUCGAGCGACAAUAGUGCCUCGAGGGCGACGAAUGGGAAGGACACAGGCAGCAAUGGGUCGAAGAAUAGCAGUGGAUCGCCCUCGAGUCUGCAACCGCUGGGAAGGAACAGCUCUGGAGAAAGCAGCAACGCCGAGCAGUGGUUCCAGACAUCGAACAACGACGUGCAUGAUACCAGCGCAAGCUUCAACGACAACGACCCGCCGUUUUUCAACCGCCAUUCCUCGUCUUCCACCACCCCUCCGGAUGCUCACGGGCAAUACAUGAGGAAUCAUAUAGGGCCGCAUAGCGGCCCAAACUCAUUACCACUGCGUACCGAAUUGCUUGCGCUGGGAGGCACAGAUGGCAGUAGCACUGAGGACUUUCGGGGAGUGAUUGAUGACUUGACAAUUGAAAAUAAAGCUCUGAAGAGGAGGCUCAAGAAGUACGAGAGAUUACACGAUUCGCAUUUGAAGGAUGAAAAGCUCUUCGAGGUUCGGAUACACGGUCUGCCACCUCACAAGAAACGCGAGCUGGAAGAGACACUUCGGCAGUUUGCAUCGAGUCUGGGUGAGGGAGGCUUCCCUACCUUUGGAUACGGAUCCAUCCUCCCCUCCCUGAAUACCCAGAAGACAGCUUCGUCACAGACGCAAGUCUCAGAUUCAGCUUAUGCGUCAAUGUCUGGCCAAGGAUCUUCCGCUCAGUCUGGCGCCGAAGGCCGAUCGAAACAUAAGGCUUCGACGAACGCUCUGAGAAAGCAGAACAUUCACACAUAUCUCCACCACAUCUCCGAAGGACUGCUCCCACAGGCCAACCCAGCGAACAUGUCCGAGCGUGCCAAGAAAAAGCUCGUGGCAAGAAGGCUAGAGCAGAUAUUCGCUGGCAAAGGCGCUGCAGCCGGUAUCCACCAACAUCCAAUGCAGCAGCAGGAGGUCUCUCAAUUAGCCGCGCGUGCAGACAGAGCUGCCGGCGAGGCUCAAGGGCUACAUUCGCGACGGGAAGGGAAACGAGAAGCACGUAUCAUGGAGCGUGAGCGGAAGGACAAUAGCAACGACGCCACCGAUUCAGCUCCAGAUGAUGGUCCUGUUACCAAGAUGGAAGAACGGAAACGCGCGCCACCCGCUCUCGUGAGCAAGACAUCCACCGGUGACUCCGAGCAGCGGCCUACCCGUCCGCUUGAUCUCGAUCCUCACCGUGCGCAAGUACCUGCCGACAACAUCGAAUAUAUGCGCCAUCUGGGAUUCUCGCCACCUGACCCUGGAACCGAAGUAGCGGAAGAGGGUCAUGGGUGGGUAUAUCUGAACCUCCUCAUCAAUCUUGCCCAACUCCACACAUUUAGCGUCACCUCGGACUUCGUAAGGAAGGCGCUGGAUGAAUUCAGUUCGAAGUUUGAGAUUUCCAAUGAUGGCAGGAAGGUCCGCUGGAAGGGAGGGUCUUCAGUGACGCAUUCGAGCAGCAAUGGAGAUGGGUCGUCUGCAGGUGUCGACACUCCUGACGGCCAGAGUCCACGGAAACGACCAAAGCUGAUCCACCGCAGCAGCGAUCGGUCGGUCUCGUCCAGUUUGCAGCAGGCCAGCGCCAUGUCUCGGAGAACACCUGACAAUAGACUUGGGUACACGCCCUUGUUCUUCCAGAAGGACAGCCCCGAUGAUGGAGUGAGUUCAUCGGAGGAAGAGGACGACGACGGAUCAUCGACUUGUCCUAUGAUGAUGGCUGGAACCUCUACCGAAAAGACGAGCUCGGGACGACAAACUGUUGCACCCCGGAAGCACAAGACACUGAAUGACGGGCCUAUCAUCUUCUACAACAAUGCUAGGUUCUGUACAGAUUUGAGUGGUGACCGCAAGACCAACGGUAAUGCCAACGCACCGCCUUAUACGCCUGUCAUCAGCGAGCCAGUGGGCCGGUCUUGUGGUUCAACGCAGGUCAAGACUGCUGAGAAACGAGGCCCUUUGGCCAGUGCUUCUCAGCUACCAGAGCCUAUGGACCUCAGUGACAAUCCUAUACCGGAGGCACUCGAACUCAACUUCCCCCCGACUUUCCCGUUGUCUGACGCCAACAAUCCCAGCUUCGAGCCAAUGGAUUUACCGGUAACUGGAAUUGGUGGCGUAUGGCCUGCGGACAAUUUCGCCAUCGCUGUUGAAAGCCGACAGGUUCAGGUGCACGAGACCCGGUCUCCUCCCACCUUACUUGAGAAGCAGCGCAAAUCUUUACCGGCAAGGAUCACGCAUAUACUCGACAAGGCGAGUGUCAAGCCCCAGUCGUCCAAAUUUGUCCAGAAGAGUGUCACCGCGACACAGUUACGAAAUCUGAUGCCAUCCGAGCUACCAGCAGCGCUUUGCUACAUGCCUUCUAGCGAAGACUCUACUGGGGACGACGCUUCUGAUGUGGAGGACGACGUGUCCAUUACACACGGUUCUCCCGGUGCACCACCCCCUGCGGCAGCACCUCAGCCUGUUGAGCUUCAUUAUGCGUCUUCGGAACAGGAAGAGGAGGAUGACGACGAUGACAGUGAUGCAGAGUCGGACAGUUCUCUCGACUUACUUGCUGCUGCGCGCCAGAUUGACCCUGAAGCAAUCAGACAACAGGAGCGGGAGUAUGACGCGCAAUACGCUGACCGCCUUGCUGAAGAGAUACCGGCGGGGAGCAGUGCAGCGACGGCGGGCGGCGGUAGCGGCUUCGCCAGUCCAAAUGAGUCGAUGACUCGCGAAGAAUAUGAGAAGGCCGUGAGAGCGGUACGAAAGCGACGGCAAGCCGCUGCUGCGCUGCAGCCCCGAGAGACUUCUGGAAGUAUGGUGGCCCUCAAUCCUUCUGCUUCCGAGGCACCAUCUUCGGACGACGAGGACGAUGCCAUGGAGGAUGAUACGAAUUAGCAUUGCCUUUACUGUAAAGUCUUCAAUUAGUCGUCCAUUUUAGCGUAGAUACUCCCGAUAGCUCAAUUGAGAUUUUUGUGAACAUGUG